GUCCAAAAGCGUUUUUUCGUUUUAUCAAUGACCUCGCUAUAUAGUUCUCAAAAAGUAAUUCCCCAUAUAUCCUCUAUAUAGAAUUCCCAAGAUAGGGAGUAGCGAAUGAUUUUGGUCACAGGGUUUAAGUCUGAAGUGCAAGUCAAAGUCAGGUGUGGACGGUAUUGGGUACGUGCAAAAUUCGACGGCGUCUUGUAAAAUAAGACUUAAAAUCGAGUAACUGGGUUCUUUAAAAAAACUGUAUUGGUCUUUUUCAUGAGAAAAUGUCCGCUAUGAUUCCUCGCAUCGAGCAGCUUUCCUGCAGAGUUGUGCGCGUCCUGGGCUGUAAUCCCGGGCCGAUGACACUACAGGGAACCAACACGUACUUGGUGGGGACUGGGAAAAGGCGUGUGUUAAUAGACACUGGGGAACCUUCUGUUCCUGAGUACAUCUCUAAUCUGAAGCAAGCUCUGUGCCAGAGCAAGUCCUCCAUCCAGGAGAUACUUGUCACACACUGGCACCAUGACCACACAGGAGGAAUAGCUGACAUCCUUACAAAUAUACACUCAGAUUUGCAGGUGAGUAAACUCCCUCGUUCUCCCCCGCAGCCAGAGUUAAUUGGAGAUGAGAAGAGGAAAUACACAUACCUUAAGAAUGGUGAUAUUAUCAAGACCGAGGGAGCCACGUUACGGGUCUUGUUCACCCCAGGGCACACUGAUGACCACAUGGCUCUGUAUCUGGAGGAGGAGGGAGCGGUGUUCUCUGGAGACUGCAUUCUGGGGGAAGGGACAGCUGUGUUUGAGGAUCUAUAUGAUUACAUGCUCUCAUUGCAGACACUGCUGGACAUCAAUGCAGACAUCAUCUACCCAGGUCAUGGUCCUGUGGUGUUAAGUGCAUGCACUAAGAUCCAGGACUACAUCACCCAUCGUUCUGCCCGAGAGCAGCAGAUCCUCUCCGUGCUGAGAGACAACCCUGGGGAUGCCUUCAGUUCAUCUGCCCUGGUUAAACUGGUGUACAAGGAUACCCCUAUACACUUGCAUAGAGCUGCAGAGAUCAACCUGGUUCAUCACUUAAAAAAACUACAGAAGGAGGGAUCAGUCUGCUUGGUUGGAGAUUCAGAAAAGUGGAAGAGCAACUUGUGACUACCACCAUAAUGAACAUUCACACUUAAAUAUUGUAGAAGAAUUAAGAUGCAUGUACCACAAAUGUAGCAUUACAUUGUAUAUAUUUCCUAGAGUUGCAGUGAUUUUAUUUGAUACUUAAUUCAAAUUAUUUGACAAUUUUUAUGAGCACUUUUAAACUUACAACUAUCCUUGAGUGACUUUAUUGCCAGACUGUUCUACCAUCUUAACAUAGUGUAGCACCAGUAAAAUCAUUUUCCUCACAGCACUCAAUAUCAACUACACCUAAGUAGCUACUGUCAAAUGAAAACAUGAGAGAAAAUCACGAGGUUGGUGAAACUGUGAAAAUAUCUAAGGUUUGGGUAGCAUUCAACCAACAAAUUAGCCUGGCAUAGCAACACAUUUUGUAUGAGUGAGUUCAUUGAAGAGGAAACAUGCUGCUGCUGUCAUCCAUGAGAGCUUCAUCGGUUGAGCUGACUAACAUUAACUAAAUGAAUGAUAAGUGAUUAUUAAAAGAACAUGGGGAUGAAUUAAUAAGGAUCAUAUUUGUACUAAAUUCCAUGCUAAAUUCUGUUCUCAGGAAGUUAGUGUAUGUGAUUACUUGUGUGAAGAUCAUUUUUGCCACCUUUAGAGAUUUAAACAAACAAAGAAGCUUGAAUAGCAACACAUAUUUAAUUUAUAGGGACUGUUUUAAUUAUAUCAGCUAUUUUGCCUCUUCCAAUGUGGUUACAGUGUUGAAAGCAAUCACAUUAUAGGGAAGAAGAAAAUAUUAUUUGAUAAAUUUGUGAAUUAAUUCAGAUGGUCAUUGUAAAUGGAUAAUCAAGUUGUAAUCAUCAUUUUUACAUAUUUAUAUAGAAUUAUCACCAGAGAAUCUGAUUAGAUUUUGUAAUUGACCCAAGGAGGGUUAAGGUUAUAAAAAAAAAAAAGUCAGGCAUAGUCUUUCUUCAAUAGCUUCCUUCCUGUUUGUUAUUCAGAGAUGUUACUUGCACAGUCGUGCUUAGAAACUAAAGGUUAUCUAUGAUUUUUGCAAUUGCUCCCACCCUUUCUCUGUUCAACUGAGAGUCUCGUUAGCAUGAUAUCUCAAGAUUGCUUUGUUGAAUGUUGAAUAUAUUUUUUUCUUCAAUAGCUGCAUUCCUGUUUGAAGUUUAGUUUAAGGGAAAAAUCGCAGAAGCAAAAGAGUAAUUACAGAGGUAAUCUUUUUGAAAAUUGUAUUUUAAUUUGAUUCUCAUUACUUGCAUUUGUAAUAUUUGUUUACAUUUUAAUAAUAUUUUGCUUCUGAAUUUUAUUUGAAUCUUUUGGCACAAAAUGAGUUCCAAAUCUCAGACCCUUACAGAGUCUGGUACAAUUUAUCAAUAAACGUGGCCAAAGAAAGAUGCUGUUUGACUGACCUGGCAUAUAUGAUCAACCACACAUGUUUUCCUGUAACUGUCAUGGAAAAACUCUAACUCUCCAAGCAAAAAAUGAUUCAAAGUCCCUGAGGUUGCAGAAAGGUUUAGACUUUUAUUAAAUCAAAUAAUGAAAGCCGUGUUCGGUCUGCAUGUGAACUGACACUCAGAAUUACAGUGUUCUCAUUUUAUACUGUCUCAAAGGAAAACAGUGUAUACAAAUAAUUCCAUUGGUUAAUGUGUCAUGUCAUACCACUUCAACAUUUUUCUAUUGGGCAGUAUAUCCCACACCUCUCAUGUUUUGCCUCAACUGAGCCAAACUUUCCAUAUGAAUGGUCAAUUCAGAAAGAAUCAAAACAUACAAUAAGGAGUGGUAUGCUGAAUAAUGCAGCAUUCAUGAUUCACAAUGGCUCUGAUCAGAUCAAGUUUAAGGCCAGUACAGGCCCAGGUGUGAGCUAGCACAACACUCGUGUCCUUGGCGUCAAGGGCGCAGAUGGCACUGGGGACGGGGGGGACAUGUCCCCCCCAGAUUUAUAGUGACCCCUAUCUGUCCCCCCCCACCCACCGUCCCUAUGUAAGGCGCCAAACAUAGGUAGAAAAAGUGAGGAUUAAUGUUCCGUUAGUUAGGCUAACUUACAUUGCAGCACAAAGUUGAAAUGGCAGCAGCAGUAGCCUUGUCAGUGAUCAAAACACAUUACACCGAUUCAAGAAGGGGAAAGGCUGGAGCAGAUCCUUGCAGAGUUGCGAAAGCAAGGUGUUCAAUUUUCCAUGUAAUUCUCGGUUAAUAACACUGCACAGCUGAUCCAUUUGAUAGCAACGGUGUUUCUGCUACGACUAAUGGUGCGUUCAGUUGUACUCGUAAGUUGGAAGUUUGAAGUCGGAAAGGCAUUGAAAUCUAGCAUCUACCAGCAUAAAUGUUGGGGUUUUCGUUUCAUUUCAUUAACUGUCCAUUUUUUUUUUAAUUCCAUGUUCCAUGAUGUCCCAGUUUUUAAACUGGGAAGCGGCGGAGAGAUGUUUUUAGGACCUAUUGACAGUCCCCCCAGGAUUCCGCGGGCCUUUUUUGUGAUUGUUGCGGGCUAAAAUGUCUGAUGUUGCGGGGGGGGGUUUCCAAAAAAUUGCGAUGAAAGUUGCGGUGUCUUUUAGGUUUUUGUUGCGAUUACAUUGCGGGAGGAAGUGAAAGUUGCGAGAAAUUGCUGUGAUUUUCUCUUUCUGUGAUUAAAAUUGAGUGAUAUGUUAAAUACUAAGUUAUUACUGAAAAACUAUUGAUUAAAAAAACAAAGACACUGAGAAAUGGUCCUAUAAACAACUUUACCAAUAUAAAAGAUUACCAGGACUACAAAAAUGCAGAAAAAUAGGCUUUACUGAUCCAAAUGCACCUGUUGGUUCAAAAGGUAAAGUAGAACCUCACAGCACAACAUGAAGUUACCUUAAAAUAUAAUAUAAAUGCCUCAGCUUUCAUGUAAGAAAAAAAAAACCUAUUAAUACUAGUACUGUGUGCAGGCAGUCUCUCCUGAAGACUAAAUUAAACAAUAAUUAUAAACUAAUAAAAUAAAUGGCUCAGGCUUCAUAGAAGAAAAAAAAAGCAAUUUGAACAGAAUCUCACAGUAUGAUGCUGAAGCUGCCUAAACAAUGGAAAAUAAAAUACCAUUUUGGCAAAAAUGUUGGCAUCCAUUAAUUUCUUGUAUUAAGUAAAAAAAUAAUGUAAAGCGCACACAAUGUUGCCAGAUACUGCUGACGUUUUCCGGAACAAAAUAUGUUCAAAACCUGCCAAAAUGCACUCAAAACCUCCCAUUUGGGAGGUAAACCGCCCAAUCUGGCAACACUGCUCGCUAGUUUGUCGACGUCACCUCAAGAUGACGCCAACGAUUGGUCAAAUUUGCGGGAAAGUUGCGGUGAUUGGAUAUAAUUGCAACACCGCCCUGAAUUUGCGGGGAUUGGUUGAAUUUGCGUUGAAGUUGCAAAUCGCAACAUCGCGAAAUCCUGGAGGGUCUGAUUGAGUCUGCUUCUAGACGGUAAAUUUGUUUGGCUGCAGAGGGAAAUUUUUUUUCUAUCUAUUUUGUUUAUUGAAAAAAAAAACUUUUUAUUUUUGUGUGAAUCUGUUGUUCAAGUGUUUAUACUUCUGUUUUCAUACGCAUUUUAUGUUUCUAAUCAUUUACAUGAAGGCACGAGUGUGAAUCAUUUCAAUUUUAUUUUAUUCAUUUUUGGACAUUCCCUUUUUGUUAGAAGUUACAGUUAAAGUUUCUGUGAUGAGAUUCUUCAUCCUGCUGUGAUCAGCAAAUGUUUAAAUAAAACCUGCAGAAGACA